ACACCAUUGACGUGGCCGUCGAAAGGAUUCUCGUUGAACUUGGGGCAGACACUACAAGAAGCAGAGAGAAUGCCAUCUACUUUGAUGGUUGGGAUGGUCUUGGGGCAUCUGCCGUCCUGCAAGCUGUAGCCGAACGCCUCGCCAUAUCAAAUGAGCCGUCGACGAGGCCCACAGGGCUGGAGUUUGAGAAAAUCAUCCACGUCGACUGCUCAAAGUGGGAGAGCACAAGAGCAAUGCAGAGGGAAAUUGCAGAGCAGCUGAAGCUUCCCAAGUGGGUGAUGGAAAUAUUUGACAAACAAGACGAGGAGGAUGAUUUCAAUGGGUUAGACCAGGGCUCCCGAACUGUGAUAGCACAAGUUGUCAGAGAGAUCUAUCAAGCCACACAAAAUCGCAGAUUCUUGGUGAUUCUGCACAAUGGAAGCAAUGUAGCGAUUGAUGUAUAUAAAUUUGGUCUCUAUAUAUAUGGAUAUGCCAAUAGCAAGAUGCUGUGGACUUUUCAAGGGAGGUUUCGUCUUGACCCUAAGAUGAUAGACAAUGUGAAGAAGAGCACCUCAACUGAUGUUGUUCUUUCAGCUUCAAGAGAUCGACAAGAUCGACAGGAGCUUUGGUCUUACCUACUGCACCAUGAGGCUGCACAAGUUUCCUGCAGCUGCAAUAAGAAUGGCCACGGUAUCAUUGAUCCAGCAAUUGUUGUUGAGUGUGCCUUGUAUGUGCUGAAACAAUGUUGUAUCGGCUCUCCUAUUGUUGACUACGACUGGCCUGCCCACACCAGUAACUAUUGGGUAUGCGACGGGAUCAUUGCGCUGACAGACAUUGACAAAGCAUGGCAAGUUGGCGAUGUUCUGCAGCAUGAGGUGCGUCUGUUGGACAUUGACAACCGGCAUAAUACUGGCGAGUCAACAAUAAUGCCUUCCACUCACUUGUCAAGGUCUACCGAGCAUAUGCAGUACUGGAUUUCCACAUCAACGUGUGGAUUUGAGCUGAGCUCUUCUGGAGUUAUGCCUGACGACAUGUUUCAGCAUUCACACCUGCUCGGCGUGCUCAAGCUCUCGAGGUGUACCUUUAGCUUCUCAUCGCCUCCAUUCCUCUGUUGCCAUAGCCUGAGAUUCCUGUCACUUCUGCACUGCCAAGACCUCCGAACAAGAACAAGCAAUGCACAUCAUUACCACACAGAUUCAGACAAGGAGUUGGACAGCAGCACCACGAUGUUGUGGGAAUGUUUCCAAAGCUUGUGGGUGCUUGAUCUACGCUACACAGAUUGGGACCAGAUCUUGUCAGCACGGAUGAUGGAUCUCAUGACCCGGCUCAGAGAGCUAAUCGUGAUGGGAGCCAAUAACUGGGACAUGAGCCAUUUACGGGGGCGGCUGCGCAACAUUCGCAAGCUCCGUGUAACAAAGUCCACGUGCUGCUUUAACAACGAUGUGUUCUCAGAGAUGGAGAUGUUGGAGCUUCUUGAUUUAUCGGGAAAUACCAUCACACGAUGCAUGACAAGCUUAUCUGGAGCUGCAAGAAACCGCAGCCUUCAGACUGUCAUUAUCUAUGGAAAUUAUGGGUUAGAACUGAUCUCUUUUAGGGGCUGCAAAGAAUUGAAGAACCUGUUGCUGAAAGGAUAUUUCUCGAGCCUUGAGGAGCUGGACAUCUCGGGCACAAGUGUGAAAACCCUUGACCUUGGAGGAGUGGAUGCUACCUCACUCCCCCAGAAUCAUCUUGCUAGGCUGCGAGAAGCUCUGUGCAAUAUUGUGGCCACAACACAAAGAAAGCCAAGAAUGGUCUGGCAUGCUCUGUAUUGACACCACCUCGACAUCAGCACCAGCUGAUGGAAGGGGAGUACCAAAGGCACAUCAAUCCUUUGAGCAGCAGAAAGAAGAGAAGUUUAAGGGGUGGAAGAUUUCGCUUACAGAUGCAAGGCUACUUAGGUCACUUUAUCCCGCCAGAUAUAAAUCCUUAAGAGGCUGCCGUAUUGAUAUCUGCCAUGCACCCGCCAGAUAUAAAUCCUUAAGAGGCUGCCGUAUUGAUAUCUGCCAUGCAGACACUCUUGUUGGUAGCAAGGUCCUAGAAGCAAGCAGUGACCAACCGUAUUCACGUACUAAAGUAGACUCAAUGUACAGAAAUAUCCUGAAGGCUGGCCCAGCUGCAGCAGUGACAGUAUGGGACUGCCCUAUGAUACCCCUGCCACCGCAAAUGUGGAGGUUUCUCCAGGUAUCAUGUAUCAUAAAGGUGAUCAUGCACGGGCAAGGGAACACACUUUUGGAGGAUGCCUUAUUAUUGCCUGAUUUUAUAUGCGACGGGGCUUCAUCAUUGCAUGUGUAUGAUAACCCUUCCAUCACCAGUGUCCUUGCACCUCCCCAAAGAUCGGGAUGGAAUAGGCUCAUAUGGUGCCGGGUGGAGAGGUGCCCCAAGUUACACGCGGUGUUCACUAUUCCCAUGGUGCAUCAAGGUACGUCCUCUAAUAGUGUUUCCACGGGCUUCCAGAGUCUGAAGACAUUCUGGGCGUCCCAGCUCCUGACAGCACGCUAUAUCUGGGACUGGGACUGGACAACUGCAGCAACGUAUAUUAAUCACUCUGAUUACUUUAAAAGUAUGGUAUUCUUGCACCUGGACCACUGCCCCAGGCUCAUACAUGUGCUCGUCUUGGCCACACGUUCGGUCACCUUGGGUGCACUGAAGACCCUUGAGAUAGUGCACUGUGGUGAUCUCAGGGAGGUGUUCCCAUUGGGCCCUGAGCUUCAAGAGCAGGAUGAAAUUAUAGAAUUUCCCAAGCUGAAGUACAUCCACCUGUGUGAGCUCCCCAAGCUGCAGAGCAUCUGUGGGCGUAAGAUGUAUUCCCCUAACCUCGAGACCAUCAAGAUCACGGGAUGCUGGAGCCUUAGACGUCUGCCAACUGUUGGAGACAACACCAAGCCCCCCAAGCUGGACUACGAGAAGGAAUGGUGGGACAACCUGGAGUGGGGUGGCGUGGAGAACCACCACCCUUCCCGCUACAAGUCAAGCCACUCGUUGUACUACAAGGGUCAGCUGCCCAGACGCAGCGUACUCAGGUAAUCUGCCAUUUCCAUGAAUUGGUAUUCAGUUCCCCUCAACCUGCAUCCAUAUGUGGAUCAUGCACAUCUACAGAACUGAAGCUUUCCUGCCGUGUUGCUGCCCCUGCGUCCUGUGGGACUAGCUUAUCUGCGGAUUCUGCACGUAAGCAUUGUCUGCAUCUGCACCAUAUUGGUGUCUUGGCGCAGCUUUCAGUUUGAUUUGAUUUGGUUUGGUUUGGUUUGAUCAUAGUUGCUUGAUCCAUCAUCUGGUUGCAUAG